GUGUGUGUGUGUGUGUGUGUGUGUGUGUGUGUGUGUGUGUGUGUGUGUGUGUGUGUGUGAGACACUUAACGGAAUAACGGUGCUCGCGUGUUAACCGGAAACUAUGUGACAUGUUAAAAUACAUUGAGGCGCACGUGCUGUAGCUGACUCCCGCUGACGCGCACGUGCUGUAGAGCGCGAGCUUCCACACUGUUCUAUAGAGACAAAGGCGCAGUGUGUAGAAGUGUGUAGAGUUUGUGGUGAGCUGAUGGGUUUAACUCGGGUUUAACUGCUCAAACUGGGGACCUGAAUUUCUCACCUCGUGUACAAUGUUCAUUACUCCGUGUCGCAAUGCCCAAUAAGUCCAAACAGAGUGGGGGGGGUGUGUCAGCUCAGAGCGCUGCUCAGGACCCUGCACAACCCGACCCAGGACCGGCACAGCAGGAGAACCGAGGGGACGAUGACAUCAUCAGAUCUCCCAGUGACCCCAAACAGUACAGGUACAUAGAACUGAAUAACGGUCUUCGUGCUUUGCUGAUAUCAGACUUCAGCAGCUCUGAAGGGAAAUCAGAUGAUGAUGACGAAGGUGAUGAUGAGGAGGAGGAGGAGGAGGAGGAGGAAGAUGAUGAUUCAGGAGAAGGGACAGAUGAUGAGUUGGAGGAAGAUGAUGAUGAGCAGGACAGUGAGGAUGAGGAGAAGGAGGUGAAGAAGAAGAAGGAUUCAGAGAAGCAGUCCGCAGCAGCCCUGUGUAUCGGUGUGGGGAGUUUCAGUGACCCAGAGGACCUGCCGGGUCUCGCACACUUCCUGGAACACAUGGUGUUUAUGGGCAGUAAAAAAUAUCCUCGUGAGAAUGGAUUCGAUGCCUUCCUAAAGAAACAUGGCGGCAGUGAUAAUGCCUCUACUGACUGUGAGAGGACCGUGUUCCAGUUUGACGUGCAGAGGAGGAGAUUUCGAGAAGCUCUCGACAGAUGGGCUCAGUUCUUCAUCUGUCCUCUCAUGAUCAGAGACGCCAUCGACAGAGAGGUGGAGGCAGUGGACAGCGAGUAUCAGUUAGCGAAGCCGUCGGACUCGCACCGUAAGGAGAUGCUGUUUGGCAGUCUGGCUAAACCUCAUCACCCCAUGGCCAAGUUCUGCUGGGGGAACACACAGACUCUGAAGACGGAGCCGAAGAAAAACAAGAUAAACGUGUACAAGCGUCUGAGACAGUUCUGGAAGAGACAUUACUCGGCUCACUACAUGACGCUAGCCGUUCAGUCCAAAGAGACACUGGACACUCUGGAGCAGUGGGUCAGAGACAUCUUUAGCAGUGUCCCUAACAAUGGUCUGCCCAGACACGACUUCUCUCACCUCCUGGAGCCGUUUGACACUCCGGCCUUCAACAAGCUGUACCGAGUGGUACCUGUGAGAAAAGAACACUCCCUCACCAUCACCUGGGCAUUGCCCCCUCAGGAGAAACACUACAGGGUAAAGCCGUUACAUUAUCUGGCUUGGCUCAUUGGUCAUGAAGGAGCCGGCAGCAUCCUGUCUCUGCUUCGGAAGAAGUGCUGGGCAUUAGCUCUGUAUGGUGGUAACAGUGAGACUGGGUUUGAUCAGAACUCCACCUACUCUGUCUUCAGCAUCAACAUCACUCUCACUGACCAAGGCUUCCAAAACUUCUACCAGGUGACUGAUCUGGUGUUUCAGUACGUAAAGAUGCUGCAGCGUCUCGGACCUCAGAGCAGAAUUUAUGAAGAAAUCCAGAAGAUUGAAGCUAACGAGUUCCACUACCUAGAGCAGACCGAUCCAAUAGAGUAUGUGGAGGACGUGUGUGAGAACAUGCAGCUGUUCCCUAAAGAGGAUUUCCUGACAGGAGAUCAGCUUCUGUUUGAGUUUAAUCCUGAGGUGAUCGGCUCGGUCCUAAAUCUCCUCACUCCAGAUAAAGUCAACUUGCUACUGCUGUCUCCAGAACAUGAGGGCUGUUGUCCUCUGCAGGAGAAGUGGUUUAGCACUCAGUACAACGUUGAGGAUAUUCAGCAGCAGUGGAGAGAUCGCUGGGCCUCAGAAUUUGAACUAAACUCAGAUUUCCACCUUCCUGCUGAAAACCAGUUCAUCGCAACGGACUUUACGCUAAAACCCUUAGUCUGUGAGGACACAGAGUUUCCUGUUAAAGUCAUAGGAACUGACCGAGGGUGUGUGUGGUACAAAAAGGACAACAAAUUCAAAAUCCCUAAAGCUUAUGUGUGGUUCCAUCUCAUCUCCCCACUGGUUCAGAAGUCCCCUAAGAAUCUGUUUCUAUUUGACGUGAUGGUGAACGUCUUGCUGUAUAACGUGUCAGAACCUGCAUAUGAGGCUGACGUGGCUCAGCUUGAGUACAAACUCACAGCAGAGGAACAUGGACUUGUCAUCAAGGUCAAAGGGUUUAAUCAUAAACUACGGCUGCUGUUUAACCUGAUUGUGGAUCAUCUGGCCGAUUUCUCAGCACCGGCGGACGUCUUCAACAUGUUCACAGAGCAGCUGAAGAAAUCUUACUUUAACAUCCUGAUAAAGCCGGAGAAACUCGCCAAGGACGUGCGCUUGUUGAUCCUGGAGGCUGAGCGGUGGUCAGUGAUGGAGAAACACCAGGCCGUGGUGGAGGGGAUCAGUGUGAACGAGCUGAUGGAGUUUGUGCGAGGCUUUAAGGAGGAGCUUUAUGCCGAGGGACUGGUGCAGGGGAACCUCACUGACACGGAGGCCGUGGACUUCCUGACCUACGUCACACAUAAACUAAAGUACAGGAAGUUGUCAGCAGAAGUUCCUGUUCAGUUCAGGGUGGUGGAGCUGCCACAGACACACAGUGUGUGUAAAGUGAAAUCUCUCAACAAAGGAGAUGCGAAUUCAGAAGUUACUGUUUAUUACCAGUCUGGAGCAAAGAAUCUGCGAGAACACACACUGAUGGAGCUGCUGGUGAUGCACAUGGAGGAACCAUGUUUCGACUUUCUCAGGACUAAAGAGACUUUGGGGUAUCACGUGUACCCCACCUGUAGAAACACGUCCGGCAUCCUCGGCUUCUCCGUCACCGUAGAAACGCAGGCCACCAAGUUCAGUACAGAGCAUGUAGAGAUGAAGAUGGAGGAGUUCUUGCAGAGCUUUGGUGAGACGUUGGCGGCGCUGACAGAUGAUGCGUUCAGGACUCAUGUGACUGCGCUGGUGAAGCUGAAGCAGUGUGAGGACACACACUUGGGUGAGGAGGUGGAGCGACACUGGAACGAGGUCAUAACCCAACAGUACGUGUUUGACCGACUCCACAACGAGAUCGAGGCUUUGAAGCUGAUCAGUAAAGUGGAGCUGAUUGACUGGUUCCUGCAGCACAGAUCUCAGAUCAGCAGGAGACUCAGUGUACACGUUGUGGGAUUCGGGUGUCAGGAGAACGACCCCCCCGCUGAGGAGGAACCGGAGACGUCUCAGUACGGUGAAGUGUCCAAACUGGUGUUCCUCUGUCCGUCACACACACUCCCCUCUGACAUCAUCAUCUCUGACAUCAGAGCUUUCACACACACACUCACACUGUAUCCAUACCACAAAAUCCUCCAGUAAACACACACACUAAACUAACUAAACUAAAAAGCAUGUUUUUAUUAAAACACAGGAGCUGCUUUAAGAGAUGCUGGUUUGUGUGUGUGUGUGUGUGUGUGUGUGUGUGUGUGUGUGUGUGUGUGUGUGUGUGUGUGUGUGUGUGUUGUCUGACUCUGACUCCUACUUCCUACUGUCCAUCCUCUCCCAUAUAAACGAUCUCGCACACACCCAUGAGGGAGAUGAAGCCCCGCCCACCGAGACACCAAGGACAUUUUCACAAUCCACUGUAAAGGUUCACUGUCUCAGGAUGGACAUGAACCAGCGCUGUCUCAGAGAAAUAAAGCUCAUGAUGUAGCACAACUAACUGUAAUAAAUUAGAAAAUAAAGAAAUUAAGAAUA